UCGACGUCAACAGAACAAUAUUAUUUUGUUUGAAGUUAAUUUAAUUUUUAAAAAUUUAAUACUUUAUUUUAUUAAAUUGCAUUUAAAAAAAAAUGAUUGACACUGAAGAUGAGGGUUUUAGCAGUACAGAAUGCGAAAAUUCAAAUUCAGAUUGUGUAAAAGAAUUAUUCUGGAAUAAAUUUUUACCAUAUAAUAUUAGUGAUGAAGCAGACCUCAAUUUUGUCAAAAUUAAAAAUAAUUUAAUUAAAGCUAUUGCCAUGAGAGAUAUGAUUGGUGCUGAAAUUUAUUGCAGAAGAUUAACCAGUUUUAUCAAAUUAUAUGGCUUGAAAUUCUCGAAGGAUGAUCAUAUUAGACUAAUUAAAAUUGUUGUUAAAGUAAUAUGUCUUCCAGACUUAGAACCUGUUCGUGUCAACUGCUUUUGCAUAGCUUUAGGUCAACUAUUACGUAAAAAACAUGUAAGCCCAGACGAUUUGGAAAUUGAUUGGAAACCAUUUUAUGAUUUAUUUUUUAUUUAUCUUCAUAAAACAUCAAAUAAAGGAAGUUUUUACUCAAUUUUUCCAUCAAUGCAAAUUAAUCUAUCGAGUGUAAUCCAGUUAUGUUCGGCAUACUUUUCACCGCAAUCAACCAAAGAAAUUUUGGAUUUGGUUUUACCAAAACUUCAACCUUUGGAUGUUGGAGGACAAUGUCAAACAUUUGAAAUCUUCAAUUUAUUUCUAAAUUUUCACAGAGGAUAUGAGCUUUGGUUUGAUGAUUUCAUGAAUCUUUGGAAUGUGUAUCAUAAUCCUCCAUGGAAUGAAGACAUGAUGAUGAUAAUGGGAAAUUUAGCUUUUGAAAAUAUAGGAAAAAUUGACUGGAAUGAACAUUUACCGGUCAUGUUUACAAGAAUUUUACGAUCAUUGAAUUUACCUGUAGCAUACAAAAAAGUCAAAGUAAAUAGGAAUCAAAAUUUGAGUCCGGCCAGUGUAGCAAAAUGGAUCGUAUCGACCUUAGGGCUUGAACAGGAUGGUCAAAAGCACUUAACACUCUUUAUAAAAGCCAUUGAGUCUUAUUUACAUCCGGCUAAUUCUGGAAAAUGGAUUAAAACUCUAGGAAAUCUUCUAGUUACAAUACCUGAAAAAUUUAUUCGAAGGUUGGAAAUUGAAAGAUAUAGAAAAAUAUAUUGGAAAGACGAUAUUCCUGAGAGCCAUAAAUUAACCGAAAAUUGUAUAACGUCAUUCGUUGAAAGCUUAAAAUCUGCAGCAUUUCAAGCUAUGUAUUCAAAAAUUGACCCAAAUAGUGUAUAUAAAAUAUUCAAGCAUUUAGCAAAUUUAAGGCCGAACUUGAUUAUUCCAGAAGUAAUAAAAAGAGUUUAUAGUAAUUUAGAUUUACUCACGGAGCCACAUCGUUUAACGGCUUCAUAUCAAUGUUUAUUAGGAGUAUGUAAGUCUCUAAUAAGCGGACAAAAUGGAUAUACUGAUGCAAGAACUGAUGUGAUACCUAUUUUAUUCGCCGCACUGCCAGGAAUUGACACAAAUGACUUACGAAAAGCUUUCGCUACAAUGAAUUUUUAUGGUGCCUUCUUAUUUCAAAUACCUAUUGUAGACUGCUCAAAAACUGCUAAUUAUAAUGAGGAAUUAACUGAGUCUGAAGCAAUUAUAUGCGAACAAACUUCAGAAUUUGAAAAUUUUGUUUUGCAAUACAUAGAUCGUUUAUUUGUAAUGAUUAAGUUUACAACAAGAGAGAAUAUUAGGAUGGAGCAUGGAAAUAACAUUGAAAAAUCAAGAAAUGAUUUAAUUAUUGAAAACUCAAUAGCUAGUGGUUUGCAAGCCAUUUUAGGGCAAUGCUCCGAUGAAAUCUUAUUAUCCGCUGCUAGAAAAGUAACCGAUUUCGUACAAUUUAAUAUUCUGGAAUCAUCAAGUGCAGCUCCCCUUUUGGGUAAUUUAGUUUAUUGUGUUGGACUUAGCGCUGGCCAUCAUGUGUUCAAAAUGCUAGUUUCUUUUCUUGGAGAAUGUUUAAAUUCAUAUUUUGAAGAACAUCCUAAUGCCGACACUUAUGAGAAACAUCCAAACGAAUUUUUGUACUAUUAUACAAUUUUUUAUUAUUUGUUCAAAAGCGACACUCGCCAAGUUUUAAUUCAUUUGGAUACAUUUUUGUCAGUAUUAGACAAAGUUAUAGAAUUUAAAUGUUUGCAAACAGCAAAAAUUACCAGCAAUAUGAUCGCGUGUACCUUAACAAAUUUGUCAAGAAUUCAAACAUUUAACGUAAAAAGUUAUGAUGAAAAAUGUAACAGCAUUCCAAUCAGAUACUGGGGAGCAAAAAUGAAUCCUAAUGACACUAUAGAAUUUUUCGUUCCUGGAAAAGAGCAAAGAGACGCAUGCGAAAAAAUCAUUCAUCGUUACCUACCAGGCAUUUUAUCUAAAUUUAAGAAUUUUUAUGAAGAAAAUAGUGCACUUUGUCGUGAAGAUAUUGUUAAUAAUUGUUCGUAUGUUCUUUCGUUCUUUAACAUAUGUAACUUUAUUCCGAUGUGGGAUGAACCACUAUUAAGUUUGUAUGACACAGUUGUCGAUGAAACAAAUAUUCAUAUCAAAACUAUACCCAAAGAAUAUUCAAUAUACAUGCCAGACGGUUCAAACAUUCGUUUACAUGUUUUAAAUAGCAUAGAAAAGUUGUUGGAAAAAAUUUUAAAAGACAGUAGCGAUGAUAUACAAUCGUUAAAAGCAAUUAUUAUGAUUUUACAUCGUAUUCAUCGAAAAGGAUAUCGUGGGUCUUUUGAGGCGGAGUUAAAGACAUUUAGAGAUUUGAGAGAUUUUCAGGAAGAAAAGUUGUCAAAAUUCAAACGAGAUAUUAAAUUUGUCGUAGCUAAUAGAGUUUUAACCCAGCAAACGGGUAGAAUAGAAAUGGAUUCUCCUGAUUUUUCUCAAACGCACAAGAAAAUUAUGUUAUUACUUUUGAAACUUUCAACAUCACACUACAGCGCUGUAAGGCAAUUAGCCCAAUCUAAAUUAGCUUUUAUGUUUUCGAUAUAUCCACUUUCAUUUUGUCAUAUAUCGGAUGAAAUAAUUGAAUAUUUAAAAUUAGAUCCAAAUGAACACCAUGAAGCCUUUAAAGGAAUAUUGCAUACAUUAACUGCUAAUAGUCAUAUUCGAUUGAAAGUUUUAGUACAACGUGAUUGGUUGGUUGUAGAAAAAUUUUGGUUAAAUAUUUUGAAAUCAAUACCUUCUGAAAAACCUUCAAUUAUACGCUUAAUUGAAUACACAAAAAGAAAUAUCAAUGAAGAAUUCGUAACCAUCACUGUUUCUCAAGAUAUUCCAGAUAGUUUUAUAAAUUUUAUACUAAAAUUAUAUCCUGACGUACCUGGCGUUGAUGUUGAACAAGGUUUACAGCUACUAAACAAAAGGAAUAAAAUAAACACAGAUAGAUACUAUAACAUUUUGAAUGAAAUAACUAAUAUAUUAGAAAAUAACUCACUGCACUGGAGAUAUCAUUAUUUAGGUUCCUCAAUGAUUUUUUCUUUGGCACAUCCGCGUGUGAAUUAUCCCCCUAAAGUAGCGAUGUACUUUAUACAAAAUUUAAUAAAUGAAUCAAUAAAAGAACGUAAGCUAAGUAUCAGACUUUUAAAUGCUAUAUUGAGUCAGCAAAAACGAAAGCAUAUUAAAAUUGACUUUGAUCCUGUUUCGCAGCAAUUAAAUACAAAAAUUAAUUUAGUUGAUAAAAAAUUUUCAUUCGGUUUACGAGAUGAUAAUAUGUGGUUGCAAUAUGAUGUAAAUAAUUUGCCAGAUUCUGAAGAAAAGUGGAAUAACACAAAAUUUGUUUAUAAAAAUAAUGGCUAUUUUGGUUGGUCUAGCGAUUUUAAGGUUUAUGCGCAGUAUAAAGAGCAACCUUCUUUAGAUCGUAAUUUUGAAGAAAUGAAUGAAAUAGAGCAAGCUUUGUAUAAUUUUUUAAAAAAAGAUGAAAAUAUAGAAAAAUUUGUUACAUUUAUGGCGUUAGAAGAAAAUAAAGAAAAGGAGAAAUUCAAAAGGUCACGAUUCUUAUUGAUUAAGAGUAUUUUUAGAAUGUUUGGUGACACAUUUUACGAAAGUUUCCAUCAAAACAUUGUUAAAUUAAUAAAAGAGAAUAAGCAGCCAAGUAAUCAUCGUUGUGCGGCGGAAAUCAUAUGUGGUGUAAUAAGGGGGAUGAAACAUUGGCCUUUUGGCAAAACGGAACAUAUUUAUAAAACAUACAUAGUACCUUUGAUCGACUUAAUUUUUGAGCAUAUUACAGUUGAAACAGAUAAUUUCUGGGGAACGUGUUUUGCUACUAGUUGUGAAAAUAUGGAUCCAAGACAACAAUAUUGGCUUUACGAAGCUUUAAUAAAAGAGCCUUUAAGAGAAAAAGCUAGUUUCUUAGAUUGCUCUCGAAUAUUUAUUUUACAAGGACCAUUUAACCAACAUGUAUGGCGUAUGUCAUCAUAUAGUCAUCGAUUAUUGGAGUGUUUAAAACCAUAUUUGAAACAUCCCUUCCAAAAUGUUAGAAAUCGGCUGGGAUCUCUGUUAAUUAAUAUUUUUGAAUCGGAUAUUCAAUUUCCAAAUGGAAAUCCACCAAUAUGCCCUUUAGUAAAAGAUAUGAUAGAUAGCAUUUUGAAGGAUCUAAAAUUAUUAAAUGAUUCAACUUUUCAACCAAAUGAAUCUGAUGAAUUUAAGGCCGAAAUUUGCUUAUACAAAACUGUGUGCACCUGGAUAACAGGGAAUAUAUCACGAAAUAUAAAUAGUAAUAAAUUAUCAUACUUCGACCUUUUACCAGUUGCAUGUCGUUACGAGAGUUACGAAAAUGAUAUAGAAUUAGCUGAAGUUUCUACAGUUUUUCUAGGAAUGAUCAGUCAGGCAAUAACUCAACCUGAAAUUAUAGAAUCAGCUUUAAAUAAAAUGAAUGAGGUUUCAUUAUCGAAUUCUUGGAAUGCUAGAUUAGCCGUAAUUGAUGCUUUACAAGUCCUAGUUUUUCAUAAUUUAAUGAUAGCUUUAAAUAAUGACAAAGUUAUUCAAAAAAUAGAACAUAUUGUCCUUACAUUGCUAGAGGAUAAUCAUAUAUCAGUACGAGAAAAAGCUGCUGAAGUGCUUGGCGGUUUAUUACAUUGUUCAUUUUUGACUAACGUAGACGAAUUAAUAAAACGUUUUAGCAAAAAAUGUCGGUUUAAAGCAACAAAACCGGAAAAUAAUUCUUCAAGAGUAAAUGGAUUACAAGAAAAUUCAUCUCUCAAAGUACGACAUUCUGGUGUUUUAGGUUUAUGUGCUUUUAUAUCAGCUUUUCCAUACACGAUCCCAGACUUUAUACCAAAUAUUUUUGAUUUGUUGUCAAAGAAUAUAAACGAUGCACAGCCAAUCCCAUCAACAAUUCGUAAAGUUAUAAGCGAUUUUAAAAGAACACACUGCAAUGAUUCUGAUUGGGCUAGUAAUAAGGAAAAAUUUUCGGAAGACCAAUUAUGUUUCUUAAGUGACUUAACAGUUCCACCAUCAUAUUAUGUAUAAUUAGCAUCAUUAUUGUUUAAUAUUGUAUUUUUAAUUGGAAUUAGGUGAAAAUUUAAUAAACUAUUUUGGGUAAAAUAUA